UCCAGUAGGUCAGAUCCGCCGCAGCCAUUGCCAAGGCCACACUCGCUCUCCUACGUCUCCAGGGAUCCUUCGGCUAUAAAGCGUCUACUGUGACUGACACUGUAGUGAGAAUAUCUAUGUGGACAGUGUCAUCAUAUUAUGUAUUAUAAACAAACCACGUAAUGUAAGCUACAGUGAUUCUUAUAAAUUGUUAACGUUAAACAUUAGCAAUGUGGCUACUGAUACAAACUGUGACUCUUGUGGUGGUGAUUGGUGUCUCAGCUUCGUCAACCAUCGUCCCUCCAUCAACGACUGUAUCCUCACCAUCUACGACCCCACCAGUUUCAUCAACGACCACCGUCCCUCCAUCAACGACUGUAUCCUCACCAUCUACGACCCCACCAGUUUCAUCAACGACCACCGGCCCUUCAUCUACGACCCCAGUUUCCACUACAGUCUCGUCACCUGCCGUAUCUUCAACAGAGGUACAGGAAUCUGAGGAGGCCUUCGUCCUACCCAGCGCCUCAGUUGGGCAGAUGGAGACUGUUGCUAUCAUCGAAGAAGUUGACGAUGACUGGACAGACGACAGUGUGCCUCACGAGAACACUGAACAUGUGAAGAACAAUGGAGAACACGGCGAUGAAGUUUAUGAUGACUAUUAUUAUGAUUACAGUGAUUUAGAAGAAUGGGAUGAUUAUACCUACGAAGAUUACCCACACGUUGAAGAUAAUUUGACACUGUUUGCUCAAAAUGACACCGAGAUUCUCACCAACGAUACGGAAUCUCUUAAUUUCGACAAGGACAUCGUUAUUAACAAAGACAAUCUACUUCCCAUCCUCAAGACUAUCGUCCUGGCUUACACUCACAAGCAAACCCCAUCAUACAAAGAAAUCCUGAAGGCCGGUGGAAUUAGCGCCCUUAAGACCUCCCUCAAUUACUUCGGGAAGGAGAAACUUGGUCUCAACCUUCUCACACUUGCAAAGAAACUGACAGAAAUCAUGAACGACGAUGAAUUAAGUAAAGACGAAUCGUCAGAAGUCUUGAGUAAACUGGCAGAGGAUUAUCUUGCUCGUCAUCGUUUUAAGUUAGUGUUACCAGAGAGUGUGCUGCUUCAUCAAGAGGAGAUGGAGGAGUUUAUGUUGAGGAAGAUACAAUCAGAGUUGGAAGGUCGAGCUGCCACUCCUGACACCGAGUUGAGUAUGGUUAUGCCACGAGCAGAUCCCGCAGUAUCCUCCGUAGUCACAUUUGGUACCUGGUCAUGGCUGGCGCUGCUCGGUGGCCUCGUAUCAAUCCCUUACUUCUUGACCGACGUUACGCCUGAGGCUCGAGUGGAUAACCCGGUAAGAAGACCCGCGCCACACCUCCGGCCUCCGGGUCUUCCUUUCUUCCGUACUCAACAACUGAGGAGAGAUGAACAAGAACCGUCGCCGCAAAACCAACAUCUUGACCAGGAAUUUAUAGAUUAUCAGAAGAAUUAUGCACAGUGGUACUUCCAAUGGUACCUGAGAUACAAGGAUUAUUAUGACAAGAAUUAUCCUUUUGAUUCUAAGACUCCUCAACAACAAGUAGUUCCCCAGAAUGUUAAUGGUGCUACUCCUGGUAAAGGUGUUACUCCUUUACUCAAGCCGCCGCCACCACUAAGGGUACAAGGCGCAAGAACGGAUACUAAUAGACCUCUCAGAAAGCCUUUAAAUCCUCAACAGAAACGUCGUCGACAACCAUCACAAAAGCCUCGACGUCAGCCACAGAAACCACAUGCUCCUAAACGUCCUAGGAUCCAGUCAGGUCGCCCACGUCCUCCUCAACGUCCUUCUGUCCACCGAGUUCCUCCUCCAGGACCCGUCAGUGUUCAACCCCAAAUUCCUCACCACUCUGGUACCAAUGUUGUUAGUAGUAGUGCAGGAGAUAACACUAACACAUUUGGGACGUUCCAGAGAGAAGGAAAUAAUGGAGGAAGUCAUUUCCAAGUUUUCCAUGGACCAGAAGUCGCGGUCCCUACUACCACUGCCGCGACACCGACCCGCAGAGUACCUAGUCCCCAGCCUGUGUACAUUCACACGACACAAAGUACUCUUCCUAACACAGAAAGAGGCUUUAAACCCAUCAUCAAACCAGAUACUCCAGUAGUGGAAAACCCCAAUGUAAAGAGACAGACUGUUAGCGAAUCUUCACCAGUACCCAAAGAGCUUAAAUCAGGCUUCAGACCUCCCAAACAGGAGACGGUGCUGCCAAAGAACAAACCGACUCUCAUUCCUAAAAUAAAACCACAAGCCGUGCCAGCAGCACAGACAAAUUCAGGAGGUUUUAAACCCAUCCCUGUCCCUAAUGAGACAGGCAACACGGAUCUUGAGACAAGUACACGAAAAAUAUCAACCGUCACAUCUAGUGUGUUUAAGACCUCUCCAAAACUGAAGGUACCCACCACGCCCCAUCCUGCCAUCUUCUUCAGGACUGCUACACGAAAGUCUGUACGGGUGGUGACAUCAUCAUCCGUCGUAACUCAGCCCACCAUUUCCUCAGGCAAUACUCUACCCGAGUUAAGGCGGCCUCCGCGCCACCAGGAGUCACUGCAGUCACCUACACAAGAGCUCCCCAAUUCACAGAAGCCACAGGAAGUAAUCGCAGCAACACCACAGCCUGUUAAUGCCCACAUAGUGAAUACAGAGCAACAGUCUCUUCUACGACACACAGGUAACAAUGGCUUCGUGAGGACUAACGUACCUGCCUCUAUCACGGUGGUAGAUCAUCGACGGGCCCAAGGAUUCGGGUUAGGCGCGAGACCUGAAGCACAAGUCACCCCCCCCUCCUCCUCCACCCCAGUCCCGGUUUACGCCCUUGAUCCGUUUUAUGGCCCGAGGCUCUCACGCAUCGAUUUCAUCUUCGACGAACUGAAGUUGAAAGAAGAAGGUUGUCGGGAACAGGUUGUGUGUAAUAUAUACAGGAACCCCGAGGUGUAUAUUCCUCUCAGUGACCUCCUCUCCCGCCAGCUGACAGUGACACUAGAGCAGCUUCAGAGACCUAAGGUGGCUGAUGAAAGGAUCCUUCGCUUCUUCCGGUACCUGAAGGCGGCGCGGGAGGGCCAAGACGGGUCUGACUGUGGGAUAAAAUACCCGGAAUGCCGCAUAGACACGACCACCUUCUCCCACAAACCUAUCUUGAACGCCUUCCAGAAAGUCUCACUCCUUAUGGACGCCGCGUCUAGUUAACAACCUCAACCCUUCUUCAGUCUCAACUCUUCAGGACUCCGUUGAGGUUGAACUAUAUCGAUAUCUCAAGAAACCGGGAUAUUUGCAUGAACUAUUGCCAAAGUUGACUGGCACGUUACUGUCGAAUGUAAACCUGCUGCCGGAAACGGUAGAGGACAGCAGAAUGAGAAGUGAUAUGAAACAUAAGCUAAGGUCGGGCCUCGGUAUUGUUACGACAACAGAACGUUAAUUCUUCUUCUUUGGUGUUUUAUGUGUGUUAUGCUUUAAUCUGAACAAAAAGUACAAUAUUUCCCCUCUUGUAAACAUCAUUGGCUCCUUUUCGUAUAUAGUGUAUAAAGGCAGACAGAGGAGGAUAGCAACAGCUGGCCAGCAGGUCUUGACCGUGGCUCUUCUCGUGUGUCACCCGCGGUCAAAUAUUGAGGUCACAACACUGGCCACUUUUUUUUUUCGUUGCCGGACAAACCUGUUACGGCAAACCUUAAUUCUGACCCAGCAGCUAACUCGGGGAGAGUCAAGUGGUGAAAGGCAAGUUUUUCCUACUUGUGCAAAAAAAAGAAGAAAAAAACAGCUGAAUAAACGUGAAGAGUUUAGGUUAUACUGUAGGCGGGGAGCGACUCGAGGCGAACUUUCAAAACCGGCUUAGAAUCUCAUCAACUCGGCGAGAAUAGUUACUCAUCUUGUUCAGGAAUGUCAGAACUGAACAACAGUAAGUGUAAAGUGUUACUGCACACGGGAUGAACCUAGAUUCUCACUGACGUCUUCCGCUACUGGAGAGAAACUUUGAAGGUUAUUAACCUUCUCAUACAAGUCCCUUGAUAUCUAGUUCACCAGCAGGCAGUUUAAACUCUCUCUCGGUGCUCUGUGACGAUAGGUCUACCACUUCCUUAUGUUAACGAUACCAAGUACUAUAACUAUUGCUCUUGAGGUGAAAAGUUUGCAUUGUAAGAAAAAUAGUUUCACAAUUAGAAAACAUUGAUGAAGACUAAACGAUCUUAGAUGUUAAUAAGCGAAGUUAAGGCGAUGCUUGACCUAGAUACACUCCCUACCUGUUGCCAAACCUAUCCACAAGUUUGUGCUACUUAGGUUUAGUUUCACUCUGAAGCAUAAGUAUAAAUCAUAGACUACCGGAAUAAGUUUCUAUAUACAUUCUCAUCUGAUAGUUAAUACGUAUGUUACUGAGUGUUAUCUGAUAUAAACUUCAUAAACUAUGGGAUUAGAAUUAUCCUUCUCGUCUUGUGAUAUAUAAGUAAAACAUGGUAUCAUAAUAAGUGUGUGUGUGUGUAUGUGUGUGUGUGUGUGUGGAUAAGCCAAAUCAAAACAAGAAAGAAAACGGUGAAUCAGCUCGAAUGACGCAAAAACAAGAAAGAAAACGGUGAAUCAGCUCCAAUGACGCAA